UUCCAGACCGCCCGCGCCAGCGCCCGCCGCUAUAUAUCUCUCCCCUGCCCGCGGUUCUCAGCUUCAACAACACCGCGGAAACCAUCCACAGGACACACAGAGCCGAGCCACCCACCAUCGACAGCACCCAGCCGCCGGAGCGCGAGCUUCUUUACACAGCAGGCCGGAGAAACACAGGCAGCCAAAGCCGCCACCGCUUUUACCGACCGACCGAUCGGUGUUGCCGCCGCCUGUCGGGUUUAAGCAACCAACCAGACCAAGCCAUGGGAUUGCCGGUGAUGAGGAGGGAGAGGGACGCGGAGGCGGAGCUGAACCUGCCGCCGGGGUUCCGGUUCCACCCCACAGACGACGAGCUGGUGGAGCACUACCUGUGCCGGAAAGCGGCGGGGCAGCGCCUCCCGGUGCCCAUCAUCGCGGAGGUGGACCUAUACAAGUUCGACCCCUGGGACCUGCCGGAGCGCGCGCUGUUCGGGGUCAGGGAGUGGUACUUCUUCACGCCCAGGGACCGCAAGUACCCAAACGGGUCCCGCCCCAACCGCGCCGCCGGCAACGGGUACUGGAAGGCCACCGGCGCCGACAAGCCCGUCGCGCCGCGGGGCCGCACGCUCGGGAUCAAGAAGGCGCUCGUCUUCUACGCCGGGAAGGCGCCGCGUGGGGUCAAGACGGACUGGAUCAUGCACGAGUACAGGCUCGCGGACGCCGGCCGCGCAGCCGCCUCCAAGAAGGGAUCGCUCAGGCUGGAUGACUGGGUGCUGUGCCGCCUGUACAAUAAGAAGAACGAGUGGGAGAAGAUGCAGCUGGGGAAGGAGUCCGCCGCCGGCGUCGGCACCGCCAAGGAGGAGGCGAUGGACAUGACCACCUCGCACUCGCACUCCCACUCGCAGUCGCACUCGCACUCGUGGGGCGAGACGCGCACGCCGGAGUCGGAGAUCGUGGACAACGACCCGUUCCCGGAGCUGGACUCGUUCCCGGCGUUCCAGGACCCGGCGGCGGCGAUGAUGAUGGUGCCCAAGAAGGAGCAGGUGGACGACGGCAGCGCCGCCGCCAACGCCGCCAAGAGCAGCGACCUGUUCGUGGACCUUAGCUACGACGACAUCCAGGGCAUGUACAGCGGCCUCGACAUGCUGCCCCCGCCAGGGGAGGACUUCUUCUCCUCGCUCUUCGCGUCGCCCAGGGUCAAGGGGAACCAGCCCGCCGGAGCCGCCGGGUUGGGGCCAUUCUGAGGCUGAGGCGAGCGAGGAUGGAGCCAUGGAUCAGGAGAAGACAGCGUUGCAAGGUUGCGAACUCUGUAAAUACAGCAUAGGAGUCGAACCUGAACCCGACUCUGAACCUGGUCGGGGUUACAGGGUUAUGGGUGUCGGUGUUAGCGUACAUGGAGCCGGCCGGCCCAGUGUUGGCGAGGCUCAUUCUUUAGUUUCACUUUCAACGCAGAAGACGGUAGAUAUAUGUGUAGCUGUUCACUUUCAUCACUUCCUCUUCAACAGAACCGACGAAAUUUUGCUGCUCUUGUUAACAACUUACGAGUA